CUAAAUAAUCUUCAGUUCCGCGACAUAAAUUUCCAGGGAAACCCGUGAAUUUUGUACAGUUGUACAUUAGCCCGACGUAAGAAAACAAAUAGUAAUUAAGUAAAAUCCGGGCUAUUCAGGUGUUCAUUCGCUGAAAUUUAUUCACAAGGAGUUGACAUUCCACGGAAUUUCUUGAAAGGGGUGAAAGAAAAAAGUAUAAAUCAGAAAGAUGUCCAACUGGCAGCAGCCACCAAAUCCAGGAUACCCAGGCCAACAAGGGUAUCCAUAUCCCCCUCAACCGGGCUAUCCACCACCAGGAGCUGAAUUUAAUCAGGGAUAUCCCACUGGAUACGGCGCCCCCCCAGCUCCUGGAUUUGUUCCUCCCGGAGGUUACGGUCAAGGUCCACCGCCACCACCGACAGCAGCUCCUUUCGGGGGGCCACCACCAGGCGCAGGAAUGUACGGCAGCAGUGCUUACGCCGAAGACCCAAUGCACGACGAGAUAAAGGGCUUCGAUUUUUCGGAGAAGAGCAUUAGAAAUGGAUUCAUCAGGAAAGUCUAUUCCAUCCUCAUGGUUCAAUUGUCGAUAACAGUUGCGAUGAUCGCAUGGUUCAUGUACCAUGCACCAACCAGACGUUACGUCCACAGCCAUACCUGGUUGUUCUGGGUUGCUUUCGUCGUAACGAUUGUCCUCAUAAUCUGCAUGGCAUGCUGCACCAACGUCAGACGCAAAGCACCUAUGAAUUUUGUAUUUUUAUUCAUAUUCACUAUUGCUGAGGCAAUUCUCCUGGCCACUGCCUCCUCCACCUACGAUGCUGAAGCUGUGCUGAUGGCAGCCGGAAUAACAGCAGCUAUUUGUCUAGCUCUGACUCUAUUCGCGUUCCAAACCAAAUACGACUUUACCGGGUGCCACACCGUCCUCUUCAUCGCAAUGGUCGUUCUCAUGCUCUUCGGCAUAAUCUUCAUAUUCAUCCCGGGAAAUAAAGUUGUUCAUCUUGUUUACGCGAGUCUAGGAGCACUUCUCUUCUCCUUCUACUUGAUCUACGACACCCAGAUGAUGCUUGGAGGCAAGCACAAGUACUCAGUGUCGCCUGAAGAGUACAUUUUUGCAGCUCUCAAUCUUUACCUCGAUGUUAUCAAUAUUUUCAUGUAUAUUCUCGCUAUUAUUGGCUCCUCACGCGACUAAAUGACACUCCAGAGAUUGAUUCACUGGGCAAUUUCAUCUUGCCCUCAAUUAUUCAUGCGUAUUCCUGAGGCUAUCGGCAGGAUGCAGUGCGUUUAUGACUUUAUGAAAAUCGAGGGCAAUUAACUCAUUUUUCAAUUGAGUUGGGAUAUUACUACUUACGAAAAGUAUUGAAUGGUUCGAGUAAGACUUGGUGUCGAUAAUUUUUUUUUCCUGUUUUAUUAAUCGAUGAUUCACUUCAAUGUGAUUAUUCUUGAGGACUUUUGAUUGGGAAUAAUCAAGACUCAGAAAAGGGAUUCAGUAGGGAAGUGGUAAAAUGUUAUGGAAUAAAGAAUUUUUUAAGUCGUAGCCGUUGAAUUAAACCAUUCGAGCAGCUAAAAUGGCCUUCAAUAUUCUGAUUAAUUAAAAUAAAUGAAUGUUUGUGUGAAUUUUUCAAUUUACUGAAUAAUUUUUUAGUAAAAUAUUGUAAAAUGGUAAAAAUGCCAGAUUUUCGUUCGAAAUUUCUUAUUUCUACGAUAAAUUAACGACUAAUAAUGGUCUUGAAGUUAUGCUUUACCACUUCGCUAUUUAAUGAUAAAAAAUUACGAAGAUGUACCCUCCAUUCUACGUUGAGUGGCUUUAUCUAGUCUGUAAGUCAAUAUAAAAAAUGUAAUUUAUUUUAUUUUCUAUAAAUACCCAACGCUGGAGACAGCUAGAUAGUUGUUCUACAAUAAUUUCAUAUUUAAAAAAAAAAAAUGAAGCAAUUCACCAGUUCUUUUUUUCGAUUAGUUCAAUUCACCACAUCGUAUGCAUUUCAGGUAUUCAUUGAAAAUUACUUGAAUUUUGCACUGCUACUUCUUCGUACUGCUGAAUUAUCGUCCCUCAUUAGCUUUAAUUAAUUUCAUAUUCGUAAUCGGAUAUAUUUUGUUUAAUUGUAUAAAAUAAGACAUAUUGUAGAACAUCGAAAGUAAAAAAUGUCUAAUGAUUAAAAAGAAAUCAAAAGUGAAUAUUGAAAAAUCAUGAAGAAGUAUGCAUUAUACGCUAUUUUUAAAAUAAUUAAAAAUGUCUUAUUGGCACUAUUGAGUAUUUUUUUUUUUUUUUAAUAAUUAUUUCAGCAAUCGGAAUUUCUCUUGAAAUCCAGAGUUUGAGAGGAUGGAGAAGCGGUGGGCAUAUUGUUUAUUGCGAAAUGACAAUUUGGAAUUAUUUUCAUUGUACCAUUAUAUUUAUCAAUUAAUCUUGGAAUAAAUAAAAAAAACAUUA